CAAGUAAUAAAACAUGUCUUAUAUCUAAGAAACAUGCUUUAUUCAGUCAAAUUGACCGACAACAACCUAAACUGCAUAUGCGGCGUGUUGAGGUCUGAAAAUAAAACGAGUUUGACAUCACAAUCCAGACAAUAGCGAGUAGCAACCAACGCCUUUUCGGUGCAGUUUGAGGAGAAAAUUGGUCAUUGUGGGAAGGGUAUGCUGGAUCUGACCCUGGUCACAACAAGACAUGCAAGUGUGAAAUCCACUUGAGAGGUAAGCAGCUGAUGAAGCUACACAACAAAGGCAAUAUCAUCUGCCCCCCUCUCUCCAAUAUUCUUUUCCCUGAUCUUUCUUUUCUUUUGUUUGCAUUCAUCUGCUCAUUCACUGGGAUGUUUCCACAACUUCGCACAGACAAUAGACGGACAUUUUAAUGACAAACAGCCUUAAGGAGCAGUUGAUUUUAAACGGUUCAAUGGUUAAAAUGUAUGAUUUCAACAAUGUUAAUAAUAACAAUGCAUAAUUUAUGUUCUCUCUCUCUCUUUUUUUUUUUUGUUUUUUUAGUUUGUGCGGCACAAUUAGGUGUCUGUUGGGUCUGUUACCAUAGCUACAAUACGAUUCUGCAGACAAUCAUCUGGUCCUUGUUUCGUCCAAUGGGGUCGCACUGCUAAAGCUGUAAUAUAAAGUAAAGAUGCUCGUCUUUCAGCUACACACUAGUAAGAUUCCCAAACAGGUUCAUGAGUAACAGAAAGUAUUGCAGAGUGGCAGACGGGGGACGGCGCCCAGUCAUGGCGGACCGCAGAAACGAGAUCCGACGAGCCACGCAGCGGGAGAGGAAGGAACAAAUGGGUGGCCAAGAUACGCCGUUAUGGCGACGAUGUGCUGCAGUCAGACCUUUUUAUUUCAUCGGGAUGAGAGUGGCUUUACCAUUACUGCAGCGCAGUGUGUUAAAUAACCGAACAAUGGGAUCUUCAGAAGAAGAAUGUGCGGCUGGAGGAUGCAGGAGGAAGACAAUCAAACUCAAGGAGUUUCAUUACAGUGGCGUAAGUAGAAUUCAGGACCAAGUAGUUGUGCGGUGUGGGCUCUGCAGGAUAUAUGGAUGCUGGGACUAUGAGCAUCGGCGACAAAAGGGACUACCUAACAGACCUGGGUGGGAGCUUCACUGAGGAUGCUCCCAGGCCUCCAGUCCCGGGGGAAGAAGGGGAGCUGGUGUGCAGCGAUGGUCGCCAGCACGGCAACCUCGGCUUCUCCUCGAAGAGCGAGGGCCUCAAAUGCGAGGCGUCGGGGGCCACGCCGAGGCGGCCCGACUUGGACCUGGGUUACGAGCCCGAGGGCAGCGCUUCCCCAACGCCGCCCUACUUGAAGUGGGCCGAGUCCCUCCACUCCCUACUGGAUGACCAGGACGGCAUCCUCCUUUUCAGGACGUUCCUCAAGCAGGAGGAGUGCGCGGAUAUGUUGGACUUCUGGUUCGCGUGCAGCGGCUUCCGCAAACUCGAAGCGAGCGAAGGCAACGAGGAGAAGAAAGUGAAACUGGCGAAAGCUAUCUAUAAGAAAUACAUCCUGGACAACAAUGGGAUUGUCUCCAGGCAAAUCAAACCAGCUACCAAGUCCUUCAUCAAAGACUGUGUGAUGAAGCUUCACAUUGAUCCCGCGAUGUUUGACCAGGCUCAGACUGAGAUACAGACAAUGAUGGAGGAAAACACCUAUCCUUUAUUCCUCAAGUCUGACAUAUAUUUAGAAUACACGCGUACGGGCGGAGAGAGCCCUAAGCUGUGCAGCGAUCAGAGCUCUGUUCCCGGGGAUGGAAAGGGACUGUCGGGUUAUUUGCCCACUUUAAACGAAUAUGAGGAAUGGAGGUGUGACCAAGCGCCGGAGGAGCAGCCUGAGUGUGACCCCACACCAAGCAGCCGGCUUACUCAGAAGCUGUUAAUGGAGCGAGUUGCCGGCAGCGCAAGAUUCCAGGACAGUCACGAGUACAGGCACGCGGCGUGUCGGGAGCCCAUCAACCCGUUCUAUGUCAACGCUGGUCACGUCAUGGCUCCUGCCACCAGCGCCAACGAUAGCGAGCAGCAGAGUCUGUCCAGUGACGCUGACACACUGUCCCUCACUGACAGCAGCAUAGAUGGGGUUCCACCCUACAGAUACCGCAAACAGCAUCGCCGGGAGAUGCACGAAAGUGCCAAAGAAAAUGAGCGAGUGGCACUACCUCAUAUACCACGCACCAACCGGAUUCCAAAGGAUAUACACGUGGAGCCGGACAGGUUUGCUGCAGAGCUGAUCAGGAGGCUGGAGGGCGUGCUGAGGGAGAGGGAGGCUCAGGAGAAGCUGGAGGAGCGACUGCAGAGAGUACGACUGGAAGAGGAAGGCGAUGAAGCGAUCCUGUCCACGGCCACAUCAUUCUCCAGCCACAGAUUCCCCUCUGGUGCUUAUUCGCAGAACUACAGCUCUCGCUACGCCGACAUCACCUACAGCGGCCCUUUCCUCAGAGACGCCCACGAGGAGAACCCGGAGAGCAUCUUGGACGACCACGUCCAGCGGGUCAUGAAGACUCCCGGCUGCCAGUCGCCGGGAACCGGCCGCCACUCCCCCAAGUCGCGCUCGCCGGACGGUUCCUCGGGCGUCAAGGGGACGUCGCUGUCGGGCCAGGGGAAGCAUUCGUCCAGGCACGGGUUGAAGGGCGAGACCAGCCACCUGCACCACCACAAACAUGUGCAUCACGUCCACCACGCGGGCGUAGGGAAGCCCAGAGAGCAGGCGGAGGCUGAGGCCGCCACUCGUGUCCACAGCGGCUUUCCCUGGAGCAUGGAGUCAAGUCAUUAUGGCUCAAAGUCUCGCAGCUACGCAGAUGGCAUGGGAUCCAACCCCAUGGAGCAGGCAGGGUAUAGCAAAAGUGGCCCACAGUGCAAAAGAGCGUUCAAGAAAGGUGAGGAAGGGCGGCCGUAUGACAUGCCAGGGCCGGCAGAGGAGAUGGAGAAAAAGCAGAAGAUCCUUUUGUGGCUGAUGGAAGGACAGAAAGAGAUGGUUCAACACAAGAAGAGCCCGUACGGAAGCAUCGCUGGAUCCAAGAGGACUACGGGCCUCAGCCCGGCAGACCGACCCGGGUCGAUCCAGCCGUGCAUCGGCGACCAACUGCGGAACAACGUGCAGCCGUCCCACCCCUUCAUCCAGGAUCCCACCAUGCCCCCUAACCCGGCUCCCAGCCCCCUCAUCCAGCUGGAGGAGGUCUGCCGACGGCUGGAGGAGGAGAAGAUUAAGUCUGGAACGUUCCAGCCCAAGCAAAGGUAUGUGAUGGAGGUGAUCCAGAGGGGUCGCACUGCAGUCAGGCCUGCUCUGUUCCCUGCGCUCAGCGUGGUGCCUGCCGUUUCUGACAGCGAGCUCUCCGAGCCAGAACAUAAAAGCACUAAAAAGCAGCCGUGUGAAAACAUUACCGUGGCCUACUACUUCUGUGAGGAGCUGAUACCGUACAGGACGUCCAUCAGAGGGAGGGUUGUCACGCUGGGCCAGUUCAAAGAACUCCUAACAAAGAAAGGGAAUUACAGGUAUUAUUUCAAGAAGGUCAGUGACGAGUUUGACUGUGGGGUGGUGUUUGAAGAGGUACGUGAAGAUGAUGCCAUUUUGCCAAUUUUUGAGGAGAAGAUUAUCGGGAAAGUCGAAAAAGUUGAUUAAAGGUGCGUGUUAAAGAGGAGCUAGUUGAAAAGCCAGCGUGUUGUGAGCCAAGGAGGAUGGUGCAGAGGAAGUGUUUUUUUUUUACGAUGGAGACGCGAGGAGAAAGUGAUGGAGCAGAGAUGGAUCUGGAGUAGAAGAAUGAGCAGGCAUCUUUGAGCCUACAGUGACUUUGGACUAGAAGAAAAAAAGACCUCAUUUACUUGUUUGGGGUGUAAUGUAGCAUUGUAAAGUUUACUAGAGAAAUGAAGAACAAAAGUGCUACUAAAGCUACAUAUUUUUGAUAACGACUUAUCAAGAAGGUUUCCUUUCUAAAGUAACUGCACUUGUCAUUUUUAUAUGUAUUGGCACACGACGUGUACAGUUUGUGUUAAAAGAUAACAAAAAUUUUCUAUCUAUUUAAGUAUUUAAAAUGCUAAUUUUCAAUCUUAUUGAAGCAAGAUUGUUGCCCCUGUUGAAGACGAUCAAAAUCCUCUCAUAUAGGGCUGAUUUUUCUUGUUUUGUUUUCAUUCAUUGUAUGAGCUCUCUGGACUGCUUUUAAUGUUGCGCUUACCAGAACUUUAUUCAAUCGGGCUGCUUAUUCACUGUAUUAUAUACCACUGAAUGUCUCAGUAAUGGCCUUUUGAAAGGACCAAACCAUGAGUGAAGCAGAAACCUAUGUACUGUUCUCUGGUUGUGUCUUAAAACAGAUUUUGAAGGAACUUGACAAUUUUGGACAAGAUUUAACACAUUAAUGUGUGUCAUGUAUUCAAAAUACAACCUGUAUAAGCACACCUUGGAGUAUAAUGAGGCCCCCAUUAACAACGUCCUGUUUCCAGACACCAUAGGACACCCUCAGUGGUGAGUCAGAGACCCACACAAUAUUAGGAUGGUGGUGAUAAUGUUAUGCCUGAUUGGUGGUGAUAGGUACAUGCAUCCAUUACAUUGUGGUUGCCUGACCCACUCAAAGUUCUAAAAGAAAAAUAAUUAUCAUCACACCCUGGAUGCAAUAAUACUAAAAAAAAAAACAAACAAAAAAAACUAUGAUUGGGAAUAUCUAUGCAGAUGAUUUUUAAUUCUAAUUUCCCUGAUCCAAAAACCACACUGGAUAUUUUAUUAUUCUAAUUAAUUUGAUGAUUAAGUAGCAUCAUAAAAAUAUUACUAAAAUGAUUCGUACAAAAGAUACAGUUUCUAAUUGUUCAACCUAAUUGUUAAUUAGCAUAUUUUGCAAAGCCUGUGUCAAUGAAAACAAUUACUGUUUGGAGGGCAGCUUUUUUUUAAUCAUUUAAUUAACCGAAACUUUAACCGCCUCAGCUCCGUUACAUAGACGACCGUUAGAGGUUAUUGACCGUGAGUCACACACUUGAGGUUUUUCUUGCCGCGCAGAGUGCUGCUUGAAACUGCUCCUCAGAGUUCCCAUCACAGUGACUUUGGAAAUUUGGAAAUGUGUGUAGGCAUGCGUAUGUAAAUGUAUUAAUGUCCUUUUUUUUCCUUCAUAACUUCAACUCUCAACCCUGGUGGAUUUCUGUGACCCACCCUCCCCAUGACGUUUAAUCGCAGUUUAAUCGGUCACACAGACCCUGACUUAUCAAAAUUGCAUCUUAUGCCUGGCAGGAUCACAUUACACCAAAGAGAGAAACAAAAUACAUCACAGGUUUGCUCUUAAGUUACUCUUUAAUAACCCUAACCCUGCAGCAUCAUGUGAUAUCCUUGUAUUUUAACAUUGAACCUCUCUAACAAAAGGCCAGAAUAUUUUUUUUAUCUUUUGCCAUGGAUAAAGUGGAUAUUAUUGUAAGUACUUCUUGGACAUCAGCUUCGAAAAUGUCACUAAAAUUCUGACGAACCCUGCAUUGGAAUAGUUCACAAAAUUGCCCUUGAGUCUGGAAAAAAAUGUGAGCAGGGGUAGUUAGGUGACAUUAAGAUUCAAGACUAGCUUGUUUUUCAUAUUCCGUUCCCCAUCAUUGUGCCCAUAGCGAGGAAUGUGCUGUUAUGACGGUGUAGUCAGUUGUAAGAAGAAGCCGAGUUGACCUUGAAUCCAGAGUGCUGUGUUGUAUUGUGUUGUUGCAUAGAAACCCUUUGCAAGGAUUUUCUUCUUCUUCUUCUUUUCUUUUUUUUUAUAAAUGCUGCUUUUUGAGAUUUCUAACUUAAUUUAAUAUUUACAGAAUAGUGCAUUUGUAAUCAUUUAUCUGUUAAAUUAUUGAUCACACGAUCAGGUUGUAUGUGCUGUUUGGAUAUCUUCUGAAAUGGACACUGCCUGGCCAAAAAAAAAAAAAAAGAAAAAAGUCACCACCCAACAAAAGCCUCUAAUAUUUAAAUCGCCUUUAGCUUUCACAAGAUUUAUUUCCAUCCACUGUUGCUUUCAUUUUGCACCAAGAUCUUUUAUUGAUGAUGGGAGGGUCUGACCACUGCACAAAGCCUUCUCCAGCACUACGCAGACAUUCUCAGUGGGGUUAAGGCCUGGACUCUGUGUGUAAAAAUGAUCUCUCCUGUUCCCUGAACCACUCUUUCUUCUCCAUUUGAGCUCCGUGAAUCCUGACAUUGUCAUCUUGGAAUAACCCGGUCAUUCAGUAAAUUCCAGUAGUCAGCUGACCUCAUUCUUUGGGCAGAAUGUUGCUGAUCAUAUGCUGACCCCACAGGCUGGUACAGUAGACGCUAGGCAUGAUAGGUACAUCACUUUAUCUGCCUCACCCUGAUGCGCCAUUACGAUCCUUCCGUGUUUUUUGUAAUGAUUUGACUCUUCUCAAACAGACUGACAUCUUUUACAUGUGUCAUUCAACAUGGUUGUUUAAGAGAGAAGCUACUCAUUGCAUCAGUUGGGGUUUAAUAGUUUAUUACCAGCUGAAAGAUAAUCUUCCGUGCAGUAAUUAUCCAAUAGGAGGCUCCUAGUUAUUUGCUUAGUUAAAUCCAGGUGGCAACUUUUUUUUUUUCUUUUCUUGUUUUGGCCAGGCGGUCCGUAUCAGAGUAUCAACUCAACUGCUUUCUGACUUUGAAUGCCCCCCCAAAGUGAACUACUCUUAUUUAAAAUCAUCAGAGUGCCUUUCUUAUCGAUGUCUACAGUGAAACUUUCAUACGGAUUUGGGGACGUACAUUAAAUACCGGGGACUAGCUUUAUACAUAUAUAUAUAUAAUGUUUUUCUUUUUUGAGACUUUUAUUUUAUAUUUGUCAAAAUUUGUCACUGUUCCAUAUUUUUCUGUGUUUGUAUAUAUAUAUAUAUAUAUAUGUACAACUUAUAAUGUCAUCAGCCAGCAGCCCGGGCAUCACAUUCAGCUCCCCUGGACCUGCGUGGGUUCACUGACUAGCAUGGUACUACCAUCGAAAGGUACCUGGACAAUAAAUACAUGCAAUAAACCAACA